AUGCAGCAAAAAACAGAUAACUGUGAAUCCUGCCACGAAACUCCUGCAGUAUAUGUCUGCUUAUGCACUGGGAUUAUUCUCUGCAAAAAGUGCUUACUCCCCCCCUCCGUGAGUGAACAAAACCAUUAGAAAAAUCCCUAUUUUUUGCCCAAAAACCCACCCUCCGUGAGUGAACAAACAUUUUUUAAUACAAAAAUGUUUUAUGGGAAAAAAAUUUGAUAUAUAUAAAUGAUAAUUAGUAUAAUGAACUCUCUCGCUAAUUCUGUUUAAUUUUAAACGAAUUGCUUUUUAAAACAUAAAUUUUAUAAAUUAAAUUAAUAUUUGCUUUCCAAUUUUUGCGAAUUAGGAUUUUUUUAAAUUUUGAAAAAAAAAAAUUUUUUAUAAAAUAUAUAUAUAAAUUUUUUUAAAAAAAAAAAAUUAACCUCCCUCCGUGAGUGAGCAAAAUUUUUUUGUUCACUCACGGAGGGGGGGGGAGUUAGCACCCCACUUCAAAUCAGCUGAAAUAGUUGAUCAUACUUUUGGACCAAUUGACAAUCUUGAAAUUCAGAACAUGCUCACAGUAAAACGAUUUAGACUGGAAACGUUAAAAAGAGAGCUCACAAGUAUCGCGAUAUUUAAAGAAGACUGUGAAGAUCUAAUCAAAAGAAAAAUCGAUAAUUUCAUGCUUGAUCUUUUUGACCAAAUUGAUGAAGUUAAAGCAAAGUUAAAUGAAGCGUGUGAAGAAAAAAGUAAAGAGAUUGAAAAAGCUAUAAAAUUCAUAGAGGAGUCGCCACCCAAUCAUAAGCAGGCAACAGAGAUUUUUAAUAUGCUAGAAUUAAGUCAGACUGAUUCAAGUAAAUUUGACCCGUUUAAUAUGAGGUUUGAUUUUGAUGAUUUACCAAAAAUAAAUAUUGGGAAUUAUUAUAAAUUGUCACUUCAGUGGAAACCAUUAUGCUAUACAGGGCCUAGUGAUUAUAUAAGGGUUUAUUCACAUCAAAUCAGUGAUGAUAUGAAAGAAUUGUUAUUAAAAGAAAACUCAGAAAAUGUCUUAGAGCUGGGAGAAAUUAAAAAAAAGGAUGCUGAACAUUUAAAUUAUUAUUUUAAAUUAUUUCCAAAUAUACAGUCAAUAAAGUUUAGGAAACAGAAAAAAAGGACUCUCUGUAAGUUUGGAGAGUCUUUUGAAAACUUGAAGAAAUUAGAAGAAAUUUCUAUUUCAGGGGCUUUUGAUAAUAAGGCAAAUGAUUUAGGCUCAUUUUUUAAAGGAAUAAGAAACCUUGAAAAGGUGUCAAUACUCAGACUUGAAGUUGGAGCAAUUUUGGAUUCGGAGUCUCAAAGCUUAUCUCAAGCCUUGCUGAAUUUUUCUGACUUAAAAGAGCUAUCAUUUUCUCACUCAUUGCUAUCAAUAAAUACUUUGACCCAGCUUUCUGAAGUAUUUCCUAACCCCUUCCGUGAGCGAACCAAUAAUUUUGUUCUCUCACUGAGAGGUUUUGUUUUUAUAUUUUUAAAAAAUUAUAUAUUAAUUUUAAAGUAAUUUUUUUUUUUCAAAAUUUAAAAAAUUGUUUUUAAAGCAAAUAUUAAUUUAAUUUAUAUAUUAAAAAAUGCAAGCUGUUUAAAAUUUAUCAGAAUUAAUCGAGAUUUUAUUAUAAUAAUUAUUACUUAUAUAUCAAAAUAUUUUCAUAAAAAAUUUUUUAUUCACUUAUGGUUAGGUUUUUGGAAAAAUAGGGAUUUUUUCAAUGAUUUUGUUCUGUCACGGAGGAUGGAUUAAGCUUCUCUGCUUAGAAAUUCUUAACCUCAAUGACACUGGGAUAACCAUGAACAAUAUUCGAAACAUCUCGCCUCAGUUCAGGAGCUUGAUAAGCUUAAAAACCUUGAUUUUAACUCCUUACCUUGCUUAGCAAGCAAAUUUUUCAGUUUGUUUUCUAGGGGCUAAUAUUUUUACAAAUUUUUAUAUAAAUAAUUUUUCCCAAAAAUUUGUAAAUAUUUGAAUGGUCAAUCUAAUUUAGUUUAUAAAAUCUGAGCUUUAAAAGAUGCAAGCUGUUAAAAGGAGAAUAUAAGUAGCUAGUAAUAUCAUUAUCAUAAUGUUUUAUAUCAAUCAGCAUUUGCAAUAUUAAAAAGUUUUUUGAUGUUAUGCAAGAGAUCCUAUUUUCAUAUACACAUAGGAUAACGACUAAUCAGUAGAAUUUUUUUAUUUAUUGUAAUUAAAUAGGACUUUUUCUAAUGGCUUUGCUCGCCAGCCAAGGGGGUGAAGUAAGUAAUAAUAAUAUUGGUGAGCAAGGAAGUGUUCAGCUUACAAGAGACAUUGCUUAUCUUAGGAAGCUUGAAAGACUAGAUUUACAGAACACUAGAAUUUCUUCCCCAGGUGCUGCUCAUUUAUCAUCUAUUUGGAAAACAUUAGAAGGUUUAAAAGUUUUAUUGCUUUCAGGAAAUUUGAUUAAUUAUCAAGCUUGCCAAGCUUUAUCCAAUGGGAUUUCUGAAAUCAGAUCGUUAGAAUACCUAGAUCUCUCUAACAAUUUAAUAAAAACACAAGGAGCCAUCAUUUUUGCACCUGUAUUGAAAUCUCUAAAAAAUCUAAAAAUUCUUGACUUGUCAUAUAACGAAAUAAAAACUGCUGGGCUAUUAGGAAUUUUAAAUAAUUUUGAAGAAAAUAAAGAAAUUCAGGCUAUAAAACUAAAAGGAAAUUGCUUGAAUUUUGAAGCUGGAGACCAUGUAAAAACACUUAUGGAAAAGUUUGAGUAUUUAAAUGAUCUUGAUUUAAGCCAAAAUCAGCUAGGUGUUGAAGGGAUAAGACUGAUUUCUGCCCAUAUUUCUGAAAAUAUUGAAAUUUUAAAUUUAAGCUGAAAUUCAAUAGGUGAAGAAGGGAUCGGACAUCUAGUAUCUGCCCUUCCUCAAUUAAGCUCACUUAGGCAGCUUCAUUUAGCAGGAAAUUUAAUAGGUGCAUCCGGAAUGAAAGCUUUAGCCCCUUGUUUAAGCUCAAUUAUGAACCUACAAAUUUUAGAUUUAUCCUAUAACGAUAUAGGAAAUGGCUUUAAAACAAUUUUCGGCUCAGUUGCCUGCUUAUACCAAUUAGAAGAGCUUGAUAUCAGUCACAAUUUGAUGAGAAAACAAGAAGCCAAAGAAAUGCAAAAAAUAAUGCCAUAUUUCAAAAGCUUAAAAAUUUUCAGAAUAGGGAACAAUAAGCUAGGCUCUGGAGGAAUAAAAAUAAUCACAAAAUCAUUAGAAUCAUUAUCAAAUUUAAAAGUUAUAGAUCUAAGCUUCAAUAAUAUAAACUCUGAAGGCUUAGCUUCUAUUUCAAGCCUUAUUCAAAAUAUAAGUGAUUUAUCUGAAUUUUAUGUGCAGGGAAACCAUUUAUUUAAGGAUUUAAAAUACGAAAAAGUGAUGAAAUUUUUUAAUAUCAUUGCAAAUAAUAGAAGUUUAGAAGCACUAGAUAUAAGCUGCAAUGACCUAAAUGUAGGAAUUGAUUUAAAUAAGCUACCUACAAAGCUAGAUGUACUGAAAUUAGGAAAUGGAGGGCUGUUUUCUGAAGGUCUUGAUUUAAGCUCAAUAGAACUGUCAAGAGAUUUAAUUUCUCAGUUGAAGCUUGAUAUGCUCAAUUCUUUAGAUUUGUCUUCUUGCAAAAUAGGUGCUGUUGAAGCAGCAAAAUUUAUUGACUUCGGCUAUCUUCCAUAUCUGAAAAGUAUAAACUUAAGCUCAAAUCCUCUAGGAUCUUUAGGGAUUUCUAUUUUAUGCCAAUUUGUACAGCUCCAAACGAACUUAAAAGUUCUGCUGCUAAGAAAUAUACAGAUGGGAUCUGAUGGAGCUUUAGAGCUUGGAAAGACUCUUUUUAAGCUGCAAGGGCUUGAAAUGCUAGAUAUUAGCUGCAAUUAUUUAAGCAGCAUAGGGACAGAAAAUAUUGUUUCAGGGCUUUCAAGCCUCCAGAUGCUACAAAAAUUGAAUUUUUCGAAAAACCAAUUGGGGAUUUCUGGCUCUCAGAUUUUAUCAAACGCUUUAAUUAAGCUUAAUAGCCUUAGAGUUCUUGAUCUAGGAAACAAUGGAAUUGAAGCUCAAGGGUUGAAAGAGUUAAGCAAACCAUUAGCCAAGAUGCCAAAGCUAGCUGAGCUUAUUUUGAAUGGAAAUAAAUUAAGAAUACAAGGAUCUCAGCAGCUUUCUAUUGUCCUCAGAUUUAUGCCAGCCUUAAAAGUUCUCAAUUUAAGGUGAAAUUUUAUUGGAUAUGAAGGUGCAAGGCAUAUUGCGUCAUCUUUACAAUAUGUAAGUGCUUUAAAAGUCCUAGAUCUAGGUUGGAAUGUAUUACUCCCCCCCCUCCGUGAGUGAACAAAAAAAUUUUGUUCACUCACAGAGGGGGGUUAAUUUUUUUUUUUUAAAAAAAUUUAUAUAUAAAUUUUAUAGAAAAUAUUAUUUUUCGAAAUUUAAAAAAAUCCUAAUUCGCAAAAAUUGGAAAGCAAAUAUUAAUUCAAUUUGCAAAAUUUAUGUUUUAAAAAGCAAUUCGUUUAAAUUAAACAGAAUUAGCUCUAGAUUUCAUUAUACUAAUUAUCAUUUAUAUAUCAAUUUUUUUUUCCUAAAAAAUUUUUGUAUUAAAAAAUUUUUGUUCACUUACGGAGGGUGGGUUUUUGGGCAAAAAAUAGGGAUUUUUCUAAUAGUUUUGUUCACUCACGGAGGGGGGGGGAGUUAGAAGAUGAAGGCAUAAAAUCAUUGUCUGCCGCAAUUUCUAUACUUACAGAUUUGAAAUCCCUAAGUUUAAGCCGUGGACAAAUCACUGGCUUUGGGGCAAGAAGCUUUUCAAGAAUGCUUUCUACUUUAAGCUCUCUUGAAGAGCUAGAUAUAAGCUGAAAUUCUUUAGGAGAAGACGGGAUUUUACAAGUCGCACAAUCCCUUAACUCUCUUCCUCAACUGAAAAAUUUAAAUAUUAUGGGAAAUUCCCUCAAAUCUGCUGGUCUUCAAAGAUUUUUCGAUACAUCCCCUGCUAUGCCACAGCUGCAGACAUUAGAUAUCAGCUAUAAUAAUAUAGAAGACGAAGGCGCAGAUUUAUUUAUCCAAAAUCGAGAAAAAUUUUCAAAAAUAAAAAGAAUUGCAAUGAAAGGAAAUAAUCUGUCAAAUAGCUGUGUAGAGCGUCUUACAAGCUGUCUUUCAACAUUUAGUGCUAUUUCAAUAGACACAGAAGAUAUGAAGGUUGAUGCAAGAGUGGCUGAUAUUGAAAAUAUACAAGAAGAAGAGCUAAGGAUAUCAGAAAGCAUAGCAUCCGUGUCCUAUUAUGAUUUUACCAUGAGCCAAGCCAGUAUGAGGUCAUCCUUAGACAAGCUAUAA